AUGGUGCGCCCCAUCACGUACUUCCCGAUCACCACAGAGAUUCUCGCGGAGAACGACGCGAGCUUCACCGUGCCGGAUGUCCCGACCAACGCGCCGCAUCUUUCCGGCAUCGAUGUCGGUGUGCGGCGCAGUGACUGGUCUCGCGGCAACUCGGCAAGCGUGGAUCGGCGGUACAGUGAGGUGGUCGAUCUGCGGGAGCUUCUCACGUACCAAUUUCCAACACUCAUAAUGUCCCCUCUGCCGCGCAAGAACAGCGUUAGCGAUAUCGAGACUUACUUUAGCGCCUCGGAUGCCUUUGUGGCGCAGCGCCACAACCUCCAGUUCUUCCUCAACGAAAUCGCGUACAUGCCGGAAGUGAUCUUCUUCUCUGAAUGGAUAGCGCCGUUCUUCCUGGACCCGCGUGACACCUUCGAGACCGGCACGCUGCUACGCAUGCGGGCAGCCCUACGCGACCUCCGCCUCGCCACACACCCCUUCCGUGAGUGCAGUAAGCGUCACCGCAGCUUCACCGAGUACACCGCAAACAAGAUCGCCGCCAAGUCUAGCAGCCUUGUGCGGUCCGUGGCUAACUUCUUCUUUAGCCCCAAGAACGACGACCACUCAAAUGGCGGUCGCAUCGCCGAUGCGCAUCCCAACGGCAGCGGCAGCGUGCCGGUGCCCACGUCGUCCUCGUCAUUCACGUACGACUGGACGUACCUUCCGCCCUCGGCCAAGUCAGAUGCCUGUGCUUGGGUUCGGGUGUGUGAGCAACUUGCCCGGCGCCAGCAGGCGCUCAAGGCGUCGGCGCGCUCCUUCGAAAAGUACUUGGCUGCGCUGGCGCACACGAGGGACGCGCAGCUGAGGGUGGCGCAAUCGUUCGAGAACUACGAACGUACGCUGCGGUCCAGUCCUGCGCUGGACGCUCUUGGCAGCGAGUACCACCUUGCGGUCAGCAUGCUCGACGCCGUGACGCAGAAGGAACGCGAGUACAUAGAGCGCAAGUAUCUGAACAUGUGCCUGCGGCUCAGCUUCGAGGCCAACUUGAUUGACGCGGUGUUGGACGCGGUGGAUGUGGUGCUGGGUCAGUACCAGUUUCUCUCCAGCGCCCAGCUCAUGAAUACGCGCGACCGCACGCACGAGGAGGCGCUGCUGUACACCCAAGCCGUGAGUCGCGCACUGCUCGUGGACUAUCGUGACCGGUACAGGGUGCUCUACGAAAAGCGCAUGCGAAAUUUGGUGCGAGAACAGGUGGCCCGGCCCGCCAUCGAAUGCGCCGCCUCUGUCCAGCAGGUCACAAAGGGUUCCGAGUUGUUGUGUGUGGUGCAAGAUGCCUCUUUCACCGAAGUGAAUCUUACGGCAGGCUCGCCAGCAGACACCGCUGUGUAG